CUGGGAAGGAAAAAGUGUUUAUAUAAGAUAUAUAUACACAGUAGGCCUUAUAUAUAGGACUAUAUAUAUAUAUGUUCUCCACAAUGUUAUCUUUUUAUCAGUUUGACUGCAUCUUGUGGUUAAUGUAAAUCAGAUCGGCGACAAAAGCUGCAGCCAUGGACCAGCAUCCAGUUAGCGAGCGCGUGCAGUGUCUGCCAAUAUGUGUGACAAUGCAUGACUAUUUCGACAAAAUGGCGAAGAAGUCCCCCGAUCAAGACGCAUGCGUUGUCUAUCAUUCUCAAGACGACAGACAGUCCUUGACGUUCUCAGGUCUGCGUUAUCGAUCGCUAAAUUUGGCCAAACACUUGAUCAGUAAAGGGAUUGGAAAAGGCGAUAUAAUUGGUCUUCUGUCUACGAAUUGCACAGAGUUCUUCGUUGCUUUUCUAGCCUUGUCUCGGAUAGGAGCACCAAUACUGCUCUUGCGAUAUGGCAGCACGGCUGCAGAGGUCUGCAUGCUGUUGACCAAGAACAACAGCAGGGGAUUGCUGGGCAGUGCGCACUGUGAAAAGGACGUCACCAUAGUUAACACUAUUAAGACGCUCAUGGUAGAUAAAAGGAAGAAUUCGGCGGAGAAAAGACCAUUUAUGGUCAUGGGAAUGGGCCCCCGUGAUAACGAAGUGCACGUGUCCGGCAAGGCGAAAAUAUCUGACCACCUUAGCCAGGUAAACAUCCCAGAUGUGGGCCUCGAUGACGACUGCGUAAUAUUCUUUACCUCUGGCAGUUCCGGGGAGCCAAAACCUAUCCCAUGCAGUCACCGGACACUGAUAGCAAGGACUCGUUCCUGGGGCGAAUUCGCCUUUUCAGGGCCAGAUACAGCGGGCACGAGAUUCUUCAAUGACCGCCCGUUGGCGUGGACCGGGGGAUUCCACAUGAUACUUAAUAUGUGUGUAUUUGGUGUAUGCUCAGUCACUAUGACAACCGACUUUGUCAUGCAUCGUGGUGCUAUCGAGUUCGUUAUGGCUAUCUUAAAUGAGGAGAAGUGUACGCACGCUUUUCUAAUGAAUUACCAACUCGUCGACUUAAUGCACCGUGGAGACACGUGCCUCCCUCUUUGUUACCUUAAAUACGUGGUGACAGUAGGACAAAAGACAGAUCGCUUGGCAAUAGAGCAUGUGCUUGUGUCUUUUCCUGGCAUUUCAUUCUUGUACCAUUAUGGUCUCAGUGAGAACGGUUUUGCCAUGUACCAGCGUCAUACCGACACAACGACAUUACACGACGAUGGUUUCAGCAUCCACGAUGGAAUCGAGAUCAAGCUUAUCGACUCAGGUGGCGAGACCGUGGAGACCGGUUCCCCUGGAGAGAUAUGCAUUCGAUCGGAAGCUCUAUUUCGAGGUUACCUCGGCUGUCCCUCGGCAAACGAAAGAACGUUCCUACCUGGUGGCUGGUUCCGCACCGGAGACAUAGCCCUUAGUAGGACAGACGGCAAGGUUGUAUUGUUAGGGCGUUCAGACGACAUGAUCAAAAGGGCGGGAGUGAAAGUGUUUCCUAUGGAAGUAGAAAAAGUUCUGCGUCAACAUCCGUGCAUCAAAGAGGUAGUGGUGGUUGGGGUACCUGAUGAGCGUCUGUUUGAAGAUCUCUGCGCGUGUGUUAUACCUCGUGACUCCAAUUUAUUUGACGUCAGCAGUUUCAGUCACUGGUGUCAGGAGCGGUUUUCCAUCGGACCAGACGGUCGGUCUUUGGCGCCAAGCUAUACCCUUGAGUUUGACGAGUAUCCACGAACAGACAACGGUAAAACAAGUAGAAAGAGAUUGAAAGAAAUUGCAACAUUACGCCUUCAGAAAUGAGCAAUUGGAAGAGGGGUGAUGUAAGAGCAAGGCUAUCUAUAAUGGAGCUCCCUCUCCCUCUUCUUUAUAUCGGCUAACGUUGCUUGGAUGACCUCACAAGUAGCUGAUUACCACAAGUCAGGUGUACGCGUAUUAUGUCGAAAGCUAGGCAAUAAUAGUGAUUCUUUUAUCUGCAACUUGUCAUAUUGUAAAUUUUAUAGUUACUUUCACAGCAUUAUGGAAGUCAUUCUGGCUAUGUUAUUUCAGCCGAGCUAAAACGAAUGCCAAACAAAUAUUGGAAUGUAUUUCCAAAGCUUUUGGCUAAAAGAACAAUUCUGUACAUGUUUAAAAACACAAACACUUGGAUGUAAACGAUUUAUUUUCAAUAGCAUCACCUCUUUCCAAGUUUUAUAUCACUUAAAACGAUAAUUUGUUAUCUAGGUUGGGCCUAAUAAUAAAUAUUGCA